AUGUACCGGCGUCAUCGGCGGCUCUGACGGUGGGAGGAGAAGCACACCGGAGCACACACACACACACACACACACACACAGAUGGUUCAGUCCCGGUCACCAUGAGCCACCGGCACCGCGCGCUCUGCUGCCUCUGCCUCGCGCUCGUCCUGCUGCUGCCUCGCGCUCCGGGGCGCGUCGCGGAGCUCGCGGUGGCGGCGGAGUACUCCUCCAAAACCGACUUGGACUACGAGUUCGGGGACUAUCGGGGGAAGUGGUGCAUCGACGACCACGGUUUUGUUUACGGCAUCGGAGAGGUUUACUACCCGAGCCCCACGGCGUGUCCGUGCACGUGCACCGUGGACGGCCCCGUGUGCGUCCGGCCCAGGUGUCCCCGCAUCCACCCCCGGUGCACGCGGAUCAAAUAUAAGGCGUGCUGUCCGGUGUGCGAGGCUAUGGCCAGGGUCUGUGUCUACGGGGGCAAAACGUACCGGCUCCUAGAGGAGUUCAGGCUGUCGAGGUGUGAGCGAUGUCGCUGCGAGGCCAACAGAGAGGUGUACUGCAGCAUUUCGGACUGCCCCGCCCCUCACUGCGUCAACCCCACCUACGAACCCAACCACUGCUGCCCCAUCUGUAAGACUGGUCCCAACUGCUUUGCUGGGAACAGGGUGAUCCCGGCGGGGGAGCGUGUGAACAUUGAUGAGCAGAGAGUAUGCUACUGCACCUACCGGGACGGGACCUGGCACACACAUCCCUAUGCCACCUGCGAGCAGCGGCCCCAACCCAGCCUGACACCCAGCGCCCGCACCGAGGCCCCCGGGGACGAGGAGAGCAGGACGAGAGGGGGCGGUCCGUUUAUUCCCAGACUGGAUGUGAUACCAUGAGUGGUGUUAAAUAAAUGUCUCGUAGAUGCAGAGUCCCUCUGCAGCUAUACAUAAACCAACGUUAUCCAUUAGUAUCAGGAGAGCUAAACUGGGCCUCAAUAUAGCAUCACGCCACCUGCACAUUUAUGUUUAACACAACCAGUGAGAUUGAGCACAGCUUUGCCUCUGAGAAUGUAAAGUACUCCGCGGGUGGUUGGUGUUGAAACUAAAGAUGGAACUGGGGGGUUAACUGGCAACACGCUCAGAAAACUAGUCAUACAGGUUAUUUGCAAACAUGACUUUAUGACACAUAGGUUCUUUCCUCACAUUUGAAUAUUUUGCAUUUGAUCAGAUUUAAGUUUAGUUUCAUUUUUAAUACUCGUUACUGUUUGUUUCAGAUGGGACAGCUAAUUCAGUUGAAAAAUUAGAAAUUGGAUGAAAUGAAACCAAAACGUAAAAUUCACAUGGAAGAUUUAAAAUUUUCAUAACUGAAUUAGAUGCAUCAAUGAGUCAGUUGUUCACUUAUUCCCACCACUGUUACUGUUACUGUCAAGCAAGGGAAAACAGCCUGUCCUUGAUUUCAAACUGAGGCCGACUAAAGCACGCUUCACGUUUCUACUGGUGACCACCAGAAACUAAUGCAUCAUCUGUAGCUAGCUGGCUAUCCAGAUUAGCAUUAGCGGAAGCUGCAUGAGUUGGUAGAAACGCUGUCUCAGCACUUUUUCAUGUUUCCAGCUGUCCUCGUCUGAACCUUGAAACGUAUCAACAUCGAAGACAAGACUGAAGACAAAACGUUAGUUUCUUCUUCAGCUAAUGAUCCAUGUAGAAGACAUAAACAAAUAUUUAUCUAUUUUAUUAUUAUUGGUUUAUUGUAUUGAGCUAGUUAAUUCUAGUAUUAUCACUAUGAAAAGGAAAAAUGUAAGAUCUGACAAAGUGUACUUUAUUACAUUAUUCACUUUAAAUUCACUUUAAUGUUAGAAGAGAAAAAGCUUUUAGGGUGAAGAGAUGAACAUAAUGGAUGUGCCAUCAUAAAUUGGGAUUUUUCUUCAUUUUUUACACAACCUUCAUGGAGCACCACCCAAACUUUUUAAAUGCUAAAAUUUGCUCAGUUGACAAUUGACAGUGUUUGGGGGAUGACUUUAGCUAGCGGUCAAUUAACCAAUUGUUUGAUCAACAGAAAAUUAUUUAAUAGCAAUUUUGAUGAUUGAUA